AGGGCCGGGGGGACGCCAGAACCCGGGACCACAGCACGGAAACGGCCCGGGGCUGAGUUGCAGUCAGAUCCGGGGAUGGAGGGAGCCGGAGAAGAGGAGUGAGGAGGCUGGGGAGGCAGGCCCUGCUGCCCUCCUGGAGGCCGGCAGGCCGCUGUGGCAGUGGAGGACCAGGCCGCCCAGAAAGGGAAGGGGUCAGGAGGUCGGGCCCGGGCCUUAGCCGGCUCCCACCAGGCCCAGGAAGGGAGGGCCAGGCGCCUUGGAGUUCAGGGCCCAGGCCUGUCCCGGGGUUGUCCAAAGGAGGCCUGGGCCAGGCCUCUUGUGGGGAAACUGAGUCAGAGGCAGGCCUCAGGGCCGGGCCUCGAGGCCUGCGAGCCAAGUUAGGGGCAGGGGGCACAGACCCUUGGGGGUCUCAGAGACUAAAGGGGGGUAGGGGGCUUCAGAGCCUCCCAGUCCAGAGCCGGAUUGGCGAGUUAGACGCUUGUAGAUCCAAGGUUGGAUUGGGGUGGGGUCUCUGGGACGUUGGCCAGCCAGGCAAGGAUUGGGGGGAUUCAAGUGCUUAGAGAUCGAAGGCAGGCCUGAGUAGGGGGAGUCAGACCAUUGGAAAGCCUAGGUGGUUAUUUGGGGAGGGGUCUCCGCGCUUUGGCGAGGCGCAAAGCUGUGCCUGUUGGGCUCGAGGCCUUGUCCAGAGGGGUUUCCGUGCAGGGCGGGCCGCCUGGGCCAGGCCGAGAGAAAGAAAGUGAAUAAACCAGGACGCUCAGUGGGCGGGGGGCCCGAGAGGGGGGUCCCAGAGGGUGAGCCAUGGCCACCAGGCGUUUAACCGACGCUUUCUUGUUGUUGCGGAAUAAUUCCAUCCAAAACCGGCAGCUGUUAGCCGAGCAAGUGAGUAGUCACACCACCUCCAGCCCUCUGCAUUCACGUAGCAUUGCUGCGGAGCUGGAUGAGCUUGCUGAUGACCGUAUGGCUCUGGUGUCAGGCAUUAGCUUAGAUCCAGAAGCAGCAAUUGGCGUGACAAAACGGUCACCUCCGAAAUGGGUGGAUGGAGUGGAUGAAAUACAGUAUGAUGUCGGCCGGAUCAAACAGAAGAUGAAGGAGUUAGCCAGCCUUCAUGACCAGCAUUUAAACAGACCCACCCUGGAUGACAGCGGCGAGCAAGAACGCGCCAUCGAAAUAACCGCCCAAGAGAUCACUCAGCUCUUCCACAGGUGCCAGCGAGCCGUGCAGGCUCUGCCCAGCCGGGCGCGCAGGGCCUGCUCCGAGCAGGAGGAGCGGCUCCUUCGCAACGUGGUGGCCUCGCUGGCGCAGGCUCUGCAGGAGCUGUCCACCGGCUUCCGGCGCGCGCAGUCGGGCUACCUCAAACGCAUGAAGAACCGAGAGGAAAGAGCCCAGCAUUUUUUUGAUACGUCAGUACCACUAAUGGAUGAUGGAGGCGAUAAUACUCUUUACGACCGGGGUUUUACGGACGACCAGUUGGUGCUGGUGGAGCAGAACACGCUGAUGGUGGAGGAGCGGGAGCGGGAGAUCCGCCAGAUCGUGCAGUCCAUCUCAGACCUGAAUGAGAUAUUCCGGGACUUAGGAGCCAUGAUCGUAGAGCAGGGUACGGUCCUUGACAGAAUUGACUACAACGUUGAGCAGUCCUGUGUCGAGACCGAAGACGGCCUGAAGCAGCUUCACAAGGCAGAGCAGUAUCAAAGGAAGAAUCGGAAGAUGCUUGUGAUUUUAAUAUUAUUUGUCAUCAUCAUUGUCCUCAUUGUUGUCCUCAUCGGCGUGAAGUCUCGCUAGGCGUCGGUGGGGCUGCGUGUGCCACCCGCAUGGCCUCCCAGGCGCGAGGGGCGUGGCCACCCCUCGGGCACAGCAGAGGCGCGGGCU